GUAUUUGGGUUGCAUGAUGUUCAGCGACUGAAGUGUACGCACCCCGUGACGAUGGUUUUACACGUGUUAUGGCAACGGAGCUGUCACAUCACAUAUAGACAAAUCGACAUGUAAAAUAAAGUUAUGGAAUCGAAAAUAACGAUAUAUGACUCUUCAAUAAAGAGGCAUAAUUAUGAGAAACCAGAAGUUAAAAUCGUAUUUUUAGACAUCAGUCAUUUAGGACAAACAUCACAAUUUAUCUGCUGUUGUACGGCAGUUUUUGUUUGUUAUUUAAUAUAUGGGUAUUUACAAGAAUUAAUAUUUACUCUAGAUGGGUUUAAACCCUAUGGAUGGUACCUUACUUUAGUUCAAUUUGCAUAUUAUACAAUAUUUGGUGUCACAGAGAAAUAUGCUAGAAACAUUACAAGACAAAUUCCAUUUAAAACUUAUCUUUUACUGGCCCUUUUAACUUUGGGCACGAUGGGUUUGUCUAACUCUUCGUUAGGAUAUUUAAACUAUCCAACUCAAGUCAUAUUUAAGUGUUGUAAAUUAAUACCGGUUCUAGUUGGUAGUAUUAUUAUUCAAGGAAAACGUUAUGGACCGCUUGAUUUUACAGCCGCUAUUUUAAUGUGUAUUGGUUUGACUUUGUUUACUUUAGCUGAUUCGCAAGUAUCACCUAGUUUUAACACAACGGGCGUUAUGAUGAUUUCAUCAGCUUUGUUAUGUGAUGCAGUUAUUGGGAAUGUACAAGAGAAGGCUAUGAAAGCUCAUAAAGCUAGCAAUACGGAGGUUGUGUUGUAUUCAUAUUUUAUUGGUUUUGUGUACUUAUUUGUAACCAUGACAUUUACUGGAGAUUUAUUUCGUGGAUAUUAUUUUUGUGCAAAUCAUCCAACUGAAACAUACGGAUAUGCAUUCUUAUUUUCAUUAUCUGGAUAUUUAGGUAUACAAAUUGUUUUGACAUUAGUACGAACAUGUGGAGCUUUUGCCGCAGCAACAGUCACUACUUGUCGAAAAGCUGUUACAAUUGUGAUAUCAUUUAUAUUUUUUAGUAAACCCUUCACAUUCAUGUAUUUAUGGUCAGGUUUAGUUGUCGUUAUAGGUAUUUAUUUAAAUAUAGUUAGUAAACGACAUCCAAUGUCAUUCAUUGAUAUUAAAGAUAUGUUUUAUUCAUGUAUACGGUCUCGUAGACGGUAUAAAGGAAUCACAAACUAUCAAAAAAUGAAUUUAGAAGUGUAG